AUGACCCUGAAAAGCAAAGGCUGUGUCUCCGCACUCCACUCUCUGCCUCGGAGUUGCAUGGAAGUUCAGAAGAAGAAUCCAGAAGCCGAAAAUGGUCUGUACUUACUCCGCACUGAGGAUGGGGUCCUCUACCAGACCUUCUGUGACAUGACCAUGGAUGGAGGUGGCUGGACGCUGGUGGCCAGCAUACACGAGAACAACAUGAAUGGGAGGUGCACAGUGGGGGACUGCUGGUCCAGCCAGCAGGGCAACCGAGCAGACACCCCCAAGGGGGACAACAACUGGGCCAACUUCAACACCUUUGGGUCUGCAGUCGCAGUCACCAGCGACGACUACAAGAACCCCGGCUACUACGACAUCCAGGCGGGGGACCUGGCCAUCUGGCAUGUCCCCAACAAUACCCCGCUGAAAUCCUGGAGGAGCAGCUCUCUGCUGAGGUACUUCACCUUCUCAGGCUUCUUAAAGAGAUUCGGAGACAAUCUGUUUGGCCUCUACCAGAAAUACCCCGUCCAGUACAACAUCGGCAGGUGUUGGCACGACAACGGCCCCGACAUUCCCGUGGACUAUGACUAUGGGAGUCCCCAGAAAACCGCCUCCUACUACUCCCCUAUUGGUCAAAAUGAAAUCGAUGCUGGAUUUAUCCAAUUCCGGGUGUUUAAUAACGAGAGAGCAGCCAACGCCCUGUGUGCGGGGAUAAGAGUGACGGGAUGCAACACGGAACACCACUGCAUCGGAGGAGGGGGCUUCUUCCCGGAGGCCAACCCCAGGCAGUGCGGGGACUUCUCCGGCUUCGACUUUAGCGGUUAUGGGACUCACAGUGGAAGCAGCAACAGCCGCAACAUCACCGAGGCGGCCGUGCUGCUCUUCUACCGCUGA